GCUGCAGGGACCUCCUCGCCGCCCUCGGCCCCACCUGCAUCCCCUCGCACGGUGCCCCGUCGCGGAUCGACUACGUCUUGGCGAACGCCGGGGCUCAAUCGCUGGUUUCCCGGGUCGGGCUGCGCUGGGACCUCGGUCUGGCCACGCACGCGGCCUUGCUGGUGGAGCUCCAGGUCGCGCCGCCGGAGCGUGCACUUCUUCGGCAGCCCGUGGUGGCCUUGGACGGCGGCGCUGCGGAGGGAUGGGGUGCAGAGUCGGCUGGUGCGACGACCGCUGCUGUGCAGGCUCGCCGCCAGGAGGCUUUCCACCGCGCCCUUGACCACCGCGACCUCUCGUCCGCCUGGCAGCAACUUCAUGCGACGAUGCGGGAGUGGCUCGCUGUGCGUCGCGGGCUCCAGGCCGUGCCGGACCGCCCGCAUGCGGCUGCGGCAUGGCAGGCUGACCGGCCUCCCACAGCCGGAGGUGGCGGCGAGGCGGCCGAGGCCGCGGCUGAUGCGGCGCUGCUCCGGCUCCGGCGGCUGCGCGGCUUCCGGCAAGCCUCGCAGCGUCCAGGAGGCGCGGCCCAGCGCGUCGCGAUAUCUACCUUGGCUGCACUCCGUGCCGCCGACACUACUGAUGCUGCAUGGUCGCAGGCCCUCUCGGGGGUCACGGUGGCUGCAGGGGUCCCGCCGGACCUUCUGGCCCGGGCGGACGAGAAGCGGCGGCAGGAUGCGACGCUCGUGCCCGACCCUGCCGUGGUCGCCAGCGCAGCGCGGGCGCCGGUGGGCAGCAGGCCGUGGCUGCUGUCGCUUCGUGGCGGGCCCGCGGCGCAACUCCGCUUCUUCGAGGGGCCUUGGCGGGAGUUGUGGCAGCGGCAGCCGCGGGUCGCGAUCGGCGAAGAGUGGCUGCAGGAGCUGGACAACCUGCCGCCCUUCCCGCAGAGGGCGCCGUGGACCGCCGACCUCGUUGCAGGGCUCCUGCGGCGCAUGCCCAAGAGGAAGAAACCGG